CGAGACUCGACCUGUGUGCGAAGCGACCAUGCAGGACUGACGCGCAGCUGCAGGAUAGCGAUGAGCACCAUGCCCGACUCUGCCACCAUUUCACGCCCCGCAAGCAGUGUGCAUGAAGCACGCGGCGCCCUGCCGUCUUCUGGUGCUGCUCAAAGAGCCCCUCCGAACGCCCAGCAUGGCGUCCAUGCUGCCAUUGCAGCCUCCGCAGCGGCUGCCACGCUCCCGCCCGCAGUGACGCCGGCGACGACGACGCGCCAGUCGGUCUCGCUAGGCGUGCUCUCGACGCUGUGGAGUGCCAGCGGCCCGCCGACGGCUCUCCCGCCCGCCAUCGUGACGCACGCGCCGUCGCCCGUCGAUGCACACGAACAACCGUUGCAAGACCUCGCCGCCAGCGCAGGCUCGGUGCCCAGUGCAACCACCACUUUGACCAACACGCUGCCGCCCACCCAGAGUGCCGCCCUGCGCGCCCUCAAUGCGCCCGCCUUCCAGGCCCACGCAUCGUCGACCCCCAACACCAAGUUGGCAAAAUCGGCCUCGAGCCACACCACCCUGUCGAGCCAGCCCGUCGUGGUGCGCACCUACUCAGGCUCACGGCACACCUCGCGUAACCCGUCUGGCGUCAGCUCGCCCCGCUAUCCCGCCAUGAAUGGGCACGGAUCCCAGAACCCCUCCGCGUUGUCGGCUGGGUUGGCAGGCCGCACCGAGAGGCUGCCGUCCAUUGAGGACUUUUCCUUCUCGGCGAUCCUCCGUGCUGUCGACCCUGAGAUCAGAGAUGCUAUUGACGCCAUUGCUGAGAUCUGCGCGCGGAGCAGGCUAAGCCUGGCGGACGAGUACGACGCCCAUCUGCCACCACAAGGCGAGAUCACAGGCACCGGUCCAGGCUGGGCGGCAGGCGUGGGUGCUCUGGUGGGAAGAGGCCGCAUAUCACGCAUUGGCCAGGGGUGGGCAGCAGCCGACAACACCUUGACGGCUGUGCCUGAAGCAAGCAGUUCCAGCGAGCGGCUGGCCGGCGAGACACGAGGCGCAGCAAGUAGCAAGAAGAGGAGCCAGUCGGCGUAUGGGAGCUUGAAGAGCGUAAUCAGCGGCGGUAGCGCGAAGCAACAACCCAGCAACCAUGCUGUAGAUCAGAGCGAGGUAGGCCCUUCUGGUCAGACGGUAGACGCGAAGCCUGGACCCGCCUGGGCUGUCCACAACUCGUCGAACGACCAUCCUGUCAUCACGGUCCCUUCUCCACAGGUAUCGAACCAUCUCUCGCUCGACACUUCGUCGACCAUCAAGGAGACUCCUGAAGGUGCCGAAAGCAGACUAUCACUACGGCCGCAGACAGCCACUCCCAAAGCUGCCUUUUCACAUAGCCGAAACGCAUCUCUCAACAGCUUGAAUGCGUCGCGAGCGCGCUCAAGCACAUUGUCUUCAAUCACAGCAUGGCUUCCGUGGCCUCGACCCGCUGACACCAGGACGAAUGCCCCAACAGACCUCACGAAGGCUGAGACUAGGCUGAGAGAAGUGUUGAUGAUAGCGCAAGAGUCUGCGUUUGGAAAAGGCAAAGGAGCCAUGAACAACGCGUAAAAGUUGGAUGAGAAAUACGCGGGCUUUGGCCACCAUGUAUGACCAACGUAAGAGAUACCCCGAGCUGAGAUCUCGAUGUUCAAAAGGCGCUUGGGGUUUGCUGUCCUUCAUGUGAUUGGCGAGGCAGUUUGAAACCUUUUCAGAGGGAGUUAUCACGACUUAUGGUAUAAUGAAUAACGACUAUGUAGAUAGAGCA